AUGAUUGUCAAGGCACCAAGGUUCUACGGACUACCCAAAGUGCACAAGGUCGAUGUCCCCCUCCGACCAAUCGUGUCACUUCGCGGCGCGCCAACAUUCAAUCUGGCGAAAUGGCUGUUCCGACACCUGAGGCCUCUCACCUCAGGCGCAACCACAACGGUCUGUUCAGCUACUCAGUUUCUGGAACGGCUCAGAGGAACGCGACUCACUGCAGACGAGGUCAUGGUGUCAUUUGAUGUCACCUCUCUCUUCACUUCAAUCCCGCAGGACCUGGCCAUCGAAACGGUCAGCGAAUUACUCGAGAGGCAGUAUGACGAGACGGACAAGUCAGUGAAGCGCAGACAUCUAGUCCAACUAUUAAAAUUCUGCCUGAAGACGUACUUCACCUUCGAGGGGACCAUGUACGAACAAAUUAAGGGGACGCCGAUGGGAUCGCCUCUCUCCGGCUUCAUCGCUGAGGCAGUUCUGCAAAAACUAGAGAGCCUGGUUUUCACCACUCACAGGCCAAAGUUUUGGACUCGGUACGUGGACGACACCUUCGUCAUCAUCAAGCGAGAAAUGAUCGAGGAAUUUCACAUCGUCCUGAAUUCCGUCUUUCCUGACAUCCAAUUCACGAUGGAGGCGGAAAACAACAACCAGCUGCCAUUUCUGGACGUUCUUGUCCAUCGAAAGCCCAACGGGCACAUAAAAACGACGGUGUACAGGAAGGCUACCAACACACGCCAAAUCCUAAACUAUCACAGUAAACACCCGUUAUGUCACAAACGCAGUUGUGUGCGAACUCUCUACAGUAGAGCAGAAACACACUGCAGCGAACCGGAUGACAGAAGGACAGAACUCCGCUAUCUUCAGCGCCUUUUCAUGGCCAACGGAUAUCCCCGUAACUUCAUCGAGCGCAGCAGGCAGUCUAAACCAGGCCAAAAUCGGGUGACAGAACAGCCAAAAGUCUGGCGUGCACUGCCAUAUAUCGACGGCGUCUCUGAGGCAGUUUCCCGCCUCCUAAGGCCCUUGGGGAUCGGGAUCGCUCAUCGACCAGACUCAACCAUUCGGCAUUUGGUUAUGAGACCGAAGGCCCCCCUGCCACGAGGUGAGACGACAAACGUCAUCUACCGGGUCCAGUGUAACUCUUGCCAAGCAAACUACGUCGGAGAGACAGGCAAACGGUUACAAACUCGCGUUAACGAACACAUGCGGGCAGUGAGGAGAAUGGACCCAUUGUCUCUGGUGGCGGAACACUGCGCGGACUCUGGACACACUUUUGCCUUCCAGAACGCCAAAAUUCUGGGUCGAGGCAACGACCGCGUAGCCAGGGAAACGAUCGAGGCCUGGCACACGGAAACAACCUCAAUAAACCGUUGCGUCGCCCUCCCGACAGCAUACCAAGCCCUCCGGGCGCAGCUCAACAAACUAAAGGGCAAGCGCGAGGUCAGGCCGGACGUGGAUCUAAACACGGGAGAGCCUACGACGGACCUACACGUAGCCACACCGCAAAUCGGGCCCGACGAAGGCGCAGUCAUCAAUACUGUUGCCUCAACUACUACUCCGGCAGACGGGGAGAAACGCGAUCAGAGGGAUGCAAUCAAGACUAGCAACCCAGCACGACAAUUAAGGUCAACGCGAAUGCGGGCGAUGGCCACCAACGUUCAAAUGCCGCCCCCCGACGAGAGACAGGCAGAUUGA